AUGGAUGAUUAUGGCCGUACUGAUCAUUCAGGCAAAGUCCUCAUCCCACGAAAUGUUGGUACGGAGUCUGUUCGACUCUUGAAUCCUUCUGUAGUCGAUUAUGAUCUGCUCAAAAGCUGGUUGUCAGUAUGUAGAAGCAUGCAUACGCAAAGAUGCUGUUCUGGAAUUCGGAAAACGGUGAACUAUCUGAAGUUUCUUGACUGCGAAACUCGCAAGCUUGUUCCUGCGAAAUCUCUCCCGUAUAUCACUCUCAGCUACAUGUGGGGUGCGGAUGAGCGCCCACCGCUAUACACCGAACAGCUAGGCUAUAACUUGCCUCCAACCAUCGAGGAUUCGAUAACAGUUACCCUCAAACUCGGGUACAGAUAUUUGUGGAUUGACCGUUACUGCAUCAAUCAACAAAAUAAGGAGCAGGCAAUGUCUCAGAUCCAGCAAAUGGACACCAUCUAUGAAGAUUCAGAAAUGACCAUCGUAGCAGCUGCGGGAGUUGGGCCUACCUAUGGUCUCCCUGGAGUAAGCCGCACUCGCCGCCCUCAGCCCGUUGCCAAUAUCGGACAGCUUCAACUUGUCAGUCCUGGCUCGGUCGCAAGAGAGGUCUUGAAAGAGUCCCGUUGGUCGACUCGAGGCUGGACAUUCCAGGAAGCUUAUCUAUCGAGGAGGCGUCUGACAUUCACCGAUGAACAGGUGUACUAUGAGUGUCGUGGAAUG